AUUCGCGCUUUCUCUCACUAGCGAAUCUUUGCUUUGCUUCUCCUCUGAUUUUCCAAUCUUGAUUUUUCCCCCAAACCCCUACCAAAAACCCUAACCCCUGUCAGUCACCAAAUCAGAAGCAGAAAAUGCAUAAAAUGCAAUUCCUUUUCACCUCGCAAUGAUGAAGCGAGUUUGGAGAAUCUCGGAAUUUCAGAAAUGCAUCAAUACACGAAACAUAAUCACGAAACCCUCACUCCCACUUCAGUUUAUUCGGCAUGUAACUCAAUCCCCCGGCAUCGAUGAUGGCAAACAUACGACGCUGUCCGAUAUUGUAUCCCUGUUUUCAGACAAAUGGAGCCGUAAUCCCGCAGAGACCAUUUUGAAGAAGAAUUUGAGGGAAAAAGUUUCCAAAUUGAAGGACGAGCUUUUGACUCAAAAUGAAGAUCCGGAGAAAAUCGAGAAAGUUUUGGAAGAAAACGGCGUCGCUCUUUUCAGGAUUUAUUCCGAUGGAUCUGCUGUUGUUGAGCUCUUGUUUCAGCUUAAGUCUUUCCCCUACUUAGCUAUGGAGGUUUUUAGUUGGAGAAGGAAACAAUUGGACUAUUCUGCACCGAUGACGGUGGAGGAAUACGCAAAGGGUAUCGCCAUGGCUGGUAGAUUGAAAAAUAUCGAUCUUGCAUUGGAGCUUUUCAAGGAGGCUUCGAAUAAACAGUUAAUGGCCACAUCUUUAUUUAACGCACUCAUGAGUGCUUACACAUACAAUGGCUUAGCCAUGCGGUGUCAGUCGUUAUUUCGCGAUUUGAAGAUGGAAUCCACGUGCUCUCCGUCGAUCGUAACUUACAACAUACUUAUUUCAGCAUUCGGUCGGCUAAUGCUUGUGGAUCACAUGGAAGCAACUUUGAGGGAGGUAAAGGAUUUAAAUAUUCCUCCAACUGUCAACACGUACAAGGGUUUAAUAGCUGGCUAUAUUACAGCGUGGAAGUGGGAAGAAAUGGAGAAGACUUACAGAUUGAUGAAAGCGGGCCCCAUCAAACCCGAUAUAGAUAUCCAUCUACUAAUGCUCCGUGGGUAUGCACAUUCUGGUAAGCUGGAAAGAAUGGAGGAAAUAUACGAUAUGGUAAGGGACCAUGUUGACCAGAACGAGAUUCCGUUGAUAAGAACCAUGAUUUGUGCGUACUGCAGGAAUUCUCGUGUUGGUAGGGUCGAAAAAGUUGACGAACUACUCAGAUUAAUUCCGGAAGACGAGUACAGGCCUUGGUUGAACGUGAUCUUGAUUUGUUUAUAUGCUAGAGAGGAUUUAUUGGAUCAAAUGGAAAAUUCAAUAAAGGAGGCGUUUGAGCAUAAAGCGUACGUGACGACAGUUGGUGUAAUGACAUGCAUUAUUUCGAGUUAUUUCCGGCAAAAUGCAGUGGACAAGCUGGCGGACUUUGUGCAGCGUGCAGAGUGCGCAGGUUGGAAAAUCUGCCGGUCGCUUUACCACUGCAAAAUGGUGAUGUACUCGUCAGAGAAGCGGCUUUCUGAAAUGGAGAGGGUUCUUUGUGAAAUGGAGAGAGUAAAUAUGCGCCUCUCGAAGAAAACAUUUUGGAUAUUGAUUAAGGCGUAUAAAAAGUGGGGUCAAAGAAGUAAGCUUGAGCAGGUCGUCGGAAUGAUGUGCAAGCAUGGAUACGGAGUACCUUUGGAUGCAUGCAAUUUAUAGCAAUAUUUUUUUGCCGAGUUAGAGAAGUGAGUUGAGAAUUCCAGCGCAAAAAUGAAAGUUAUAGUAGUCCAAGGCUUGCUGCCGGAGAUGAAGUUUCCAUUCAUAUUUAAAGGUGAACGAAUCGUGUUUAAUCAAUUUUGAAUUUUCUCUUACUUUUGACGUGUUAAUACUCGUUUUUGCCAUGCUCUGCUGUCAUUAAGUAGGUGUGGUGGUAUCUAAAUAAACAUAAGGUGGGUGGAAGAAAAUUGUAUCAAGGGUAAAUUAGAUCUACCUUCCCCCGAGGUUACUAAAGUGUUUGUUUCUCUGUCUAAAUUACCCAACCCUCGCUCUAACUUAGGUCUAAUUUAGACCGCUCGAUUUUGAAAACUUACCCAUACCCCCUUGAGGUUUAACUUCAAUCAUCAUCUAAUCGUAUUUGAUUGUUGAUUUGUUAGAAAUUGAUAAUAUAAGCAAGAAAAGGCGACUUUUUAAAUGCUCGUCAAUAUCAUAUCUCCGAGUGAGGUUUUGUGUAAUUUUCCAAACUCAAAGAGUUCAGUUGUAAUCAAGGUUGUAAAAAGCGGGAAUCGGGUCGGAGGCGGUUAGGCACCGCCUAACAAUUAAUUGGUGUGGCAGUGAUUUUGUGUUUACCGAAUA